AUGGGGUGCAUAAAACGAAAACUGACAUGCAUUACACUUAGCGUCGUUUUGCAGGGGGAAAGAAAGUUGAAUGUACAAACAAAAAUACACUAUUUAGAUUCUUUGGGAGCCCAGGUGUUUUUUGUUGAAGAUUGGACUGAGCAUUUUUGUAACCCCAACUCUCUCUUUUUUCCCGCCCUAUCUCUCUCUCUCUAUCUCACUCCCUCUCCUCUCCAGGUCCAAGGGUUGGAGAAGCAGAGGGACCUCUCAGACCUUGCCAAAGUGGGACAGGUGAUGAAGACCCCCCCCUAUGGCGUGGGUGGAGCCACAGUGGGCGGCGGUAUGACCGGGGGAGGAGUCAAGCCUCCGUACCAGACCCGCAUCUUCUCAACCUCCAUCGACCAGACGCCCAUGAAGUCCAAGCCGCCCAUAUACAGCCCCUUUAACCCCUACGACUGGGCCAAGAACCAGUCCCAUCUCCUGGACCAGACAGGCUACCGCUCCAAGCGCAAGCCUUCCCAAAAGACAGCCAUGAAGACCAAGAAGAUCUUCGGCUGGGGAGACUUCUACUUCAACGUGAAGACGGUAAAGUUCAGCCUACUGGUGACGGGGAAGAUCGUGGACCACAUCAACGGCACGUUCACGGUGUACUUCCGCCACAACUCCUCCAGCCUGGGCAACGUGUCUGUCAGCAUUGUCCCGCCCACCAAGGUGGUGGAGUUCGAGGUGCUGCACCCACACCUCCACGGGGUGGCGCCGGUCGAGGUGCAGCUACAGCAGACCCACCAGACCACCGUGGACCCCAAGGAGGCCAAGACCUUCAACUGCCGGGUGGAGUACGAGAACACCAACCGGUCCAAGAAGCCCAAGCCCUGCCUGUACGACCCGUCCCAGACGUGCUUCACGGAGCACACCCAGUCGCACGCGGCCUGGCUCUGUGCCAAGCCCUUCAAGGUCAUCUGCAUCUUCAUCUCCUUCUUCAGCAUCGAUUACAAGCUGGUUCAGAAGGUGUGUCCGGACUAUAACUUCCAAAGCGAACAUCCGUACUUGGGUUGAAGUAAGCUUGAUACUUGAACUGAAAAAGAAAUGAUACUAUAAACAGUGGACAAUGAACAUACACACAUGAUAAUUAUAUUGAGGAUAUUAUUGGUUAUAAGGAUAAACAAUGGGGCCGUUUUUUUUCACCGCGCUCACCUGCUGUUGAAUUGUGGAUAAAAUAAAUGAAUAAAUUAUAAUCAACAUAUAUGGGUGGCUAGGAUCUGGUUGAUACCUCGUAACUUAUUUUCCCACUUUGUAAUUGUUUGCGUUUGUUUGUUUUCUUGUAAAUAAUUUCCAAAAACUUGACCUAAUUCUUGCUUUUAGACAUUGGUUUUACAUGGUUAUUCCUUUUUGCCAGUUGAAGUAAAAGAAAUAAAGUAAUUUUUGGUAUUUUAGUAUGCCCUAGGUGUACAAAGCAACCUUUGGAAUGACUGUUAUGCCAUGGUGUGAUGGCAUACAGCGUUUUACGGUAGACUGACUGUUAGUCAUUCCCUCAGCUCUACGUCUCCAGCCCUGGGUAUAAGAAAGUUAUAUGUCUGAGAAAUGCUAUGCUAGAUAUGCAUACAAUAUACUGUAUGAAAAGCACAUUAAAUCUCUUUAACUGUU